AUGCUCCCGGAAUCUCUCGUCAGCGUGUACCAAUCGUACAAGACGGACACGGAUUUCAUCACGACGUGGCUCGCGACCACCGCACGAGCUUACGGCUGUCCGUCUGAGCUCAUCUCCGGGCUUCGAGACACGAGAGAUGAUCAUUCUGAUUCGGUUCCGGUAGACGAGAAGCCAGCCGGUCAACGCAAGGGCAAAUCAACCAAACAAGCAUCAAAGUAUUCGCAGAAAAGACCUCGCAAACGACACAUCCUCGCGGUCAAGGAUCUCCUACCGCUGGCUCAAUUUCUCGUAACAUCGCAAAAGCCAACCAUCGUUCCUCCGGACAGUCUUACCGCUGCUCUCGAUAGAGUGAUUGAUCUCAGAGCCAAGUUCAGCACUCAGCUGGUCGAGCAUGGUGCCACGACCAACGAUCAGGAUGACAAUACCCAUUUCUACUUCCUGAGAGUCUUGUGCCAAGUACGUCAUGUCUUGACAGCACAUCGAAAAGCCACUUCAACCGACUCAGAACCCUCAGCUGGCGAAGCUGCCGAGAAACCGCAGCUGUCAUCCAACAAAUUCGAAGGACUGACGGUGUCGGAGCCGUCUGCAGACUUCAUCAACGCCCCGGAUGUACCACCACCCACGAAACCGAAAAAGUCAGAAGCCGAUGCCAACUUCGAAGCAGAGAGCGAGAUGUCGAGCUGGGAUGCCCAAUUUGUUUGGCAGCUGGUCUGGAAAGAUCUCUUUGCAGUUCGUCAGAAUGUCAGAUACAUGUGGCAACAAUUACGCCAGGGGCAGCACGAGCUCGUCUCCGUUGCCUUGGCCACCAACACGGCCAUCGAUCUCGCCCGCAACAUUGUCGAAGAUGUCACGCCAGUCCUCCAGUCUCAACCAGGAGGCUUAUUCGGAGUCAUCUGCCUCUAUAAUGCGACGUUUACAACCACUACAAUUCGAGCAUACUCGGAAGGUUUGCUCAAGUUUCCGGAAAAGCCAACGAAAGAGGAUAUUGCGUAUAUUGCGGGCGCUCUAGACUGUACCAACGCCUACAGCAUGCUGGCUCAGAUUAUUCCGAAUGAUGAAGGUGCCAUCAAGCCACCACUUAUCACAAAAGGCAGCCCAAAUAUCCAGAUGGCGAGGACGCAUGGAGACUAUCUCCUUGACCGGCGCACCAUAGCACGUGUUCUGAACGACAUGAACUUCAUCUUACGCUACAUCCCCGAUUGGCCAGUUGACGAUGGCGUUCUGCGAGGAUUCCGAGAAACGACGCGGACGAGAGAGAUUCCCUUUUACUUUGCGUAUGCCGUACAACUUCUCAUUGACAUUCAUGGUGUAAUGGGACAGAAACUUCCCUCCAUACGGGUGCAGUUCAUACGAGGGUUAUCGACCUUGCAAGAGCUCAUGACACAGUCUUGGCACAUUCACCAAAGCACGAGAAUGGACCCAAAGGCGCUGAGAUACUAUCCGCUUCUCCAGAGGACGGUGUUGAGCAUGUCGAAAAUGACGCGUGAUCCCAUUCUCGUCGAAAAACAGCGGCUCAAAAAGCCCAUCACAGACCCCCACACGGAGCGCCUGCAACUGAUGAAGAUGGAUCCAGUCAUGGCUGGCCUGGUCAUGUACACCUUCCGAGCUGCAACGUAUCGAGUCGGAAUCUGCCUCGCGAAUGACACACUAUCCGUCAUGUCCAUCAUGCACCUCUACAAUGCUCUUCUUCAAGAAGACAUGCUCACAUCCAAAUGGAAAGACAUGGAGCUUAUUAUGGAACUGGUCGGCAAGUCUCAAUUCUUCGUGGGCAAUCCUCCAGAUAACCCGACCGGAUAUAUCAAGAGCUUUCUCAUGCAAACGGGUCUGAAGAGCGUCUACAUGAGCCAGCUCAAAAGGUCAAAGACGCAGACGAAGCUGUACAAGGAGCUCAAAAACAGGCGACGUAUUUCAGAAGGAGCGACGGUCUCCAUGAUGUUCUAUGAAAGAUACUGCAAUGAAAAGGGCGAGACUUCGACGGGAAACUGGACGGCGGAGGACAUUGUGCGUAUCCUCGACCAUUGCCCGGAGGGAUUGUGGUUCGAUCACCCGACAGAGGAGACCGCGAGCGAGAGCCAGAACCAGGACAAGUGCUCCAGAAAGUCGACGCAGAAACGGAAGAAGUCUACCAAACCCGCCAAACCUCCCAGCCUACCCCCCUACGACCUCAUCACGUCCCUAGGAGUCGGGCUUCUGGACGAAGCGGCAGAAUUUGCGUUCCCUUGGUUGGCCAUGCAUCGCAACGCAUGGCACUUGAUGCGGAAGAUUCGUUUGGCCAGCGAGCGCGGCUUCAUGAUGCUAGUACCGGGGUACAGCAUGUCGGAAGCCGGGCUGAUGACGCUCACCACGUACAUCCUGGACGUCCUGGUUCACGCUAGACCCGCAAACUCUUUGGGGAAGCGAGUCAUGGACGAGGUGGCGGCUACUUUCAAUCACUACCUCACCCACGUUCCGAGGGAGCACGGCUGGUCCGCUGGUGAGACGGUGUGGAGGGAGAUGGAAAUCGCGCUUGGGGUUGGACUACAAAUGUACGAGGAUGUCGUUGGGAAACUCACUAUAGAUAAGAAGCCUGAAGAAGGGUCACUGCCUGCAACAAGCACCGGUGUGGCGGAUGCUGUGCGUUGA